AUGGCUCGCUCGCUGGCUCUGAGCUUCCUUGUCUUGUUUCUGGCCCUCUGCAGCCCUGGGACCCAAGGUAGUGACGGAGGGGCACAGGACUGCUGCCUCAAGUACAGCCGGAGGCCCAUUCCGACCCACGUCGUCCGAAGCUACCAAAAGCAGGAGCCGAGCUUGGGCUGCCCUAUCCCGGCCAUCCUGUUCACACCCCGGAAGCGCUCUCAGCACGAGCUGUGUGCAGACCCUAAGGAGGACUGGGUGCAGCAGCUGAUGCAGCGUCUGGACAAGCCACCAGCCCCACGGAAAGGCCCUCAGGGCUGUAGGAAGGACAAGGGGGGGUCUAAGCCUGGCAAGAAGGGAAAGGGCUCCAAAGCCUGCAAGAGGACUGAGCAGCCCACACAGCCCAAAAGGGUCACAGUGCAGUGA